UUUCUUAUUCUUAUUUUUAUUUUUUUGGAUGCGAUAGCAGCAAGGACUAAGCGCACUAAGAAAUAAGGCAGGGCAGGCCCAGCCCUCCACAGAGACUUCGAUACCGCAAUAAUACAAGACUUGUUCUAAUUUCUCUCUUCUUCUUUUCCACCCACCCCAAGAACUCGGGGCAGUGCCUCUCGGAGCCCUCCGACUUCUGUUGUGGUAGUAGCGCCCCAUGCCGGCCGAGAGAGAGGGUGCAGGGAGUGCGGCGGACACAAGCGGGCAGAGGGGCGAGCGCAAACGCACGAGGCGAGACUCGCCUGGCGGGAGCGCCAUCGAUGAGCAGGCAGAGGCAGCAAGCCAGGCAGCAGGCAGUGGGGAGGGCGUGAAGAAGAGCGCACCUUCGAAGAAGCGCGGACGGCCAUCCAAGGCAGAUCUGGCGGCGCGCGCACAAGAGGUAGCCCAGAAGGACCAGGAAGGGGCAGCGUCAACCUCGGCGGAUGAACCGCCGGCGGAGGGCGCGCAGGCACUGCCGAGGAAGCGUGGACGGCCCUCCAAGGUGGAGAUCGCGCGGCGUUUGGCGGCGGCGGAAGCGGCAACGGCGUCGCCUGCCGAAAGCGAACAGGACGAUACGGGAGCGCCCGAGACGUUGCUGUCCAGGAAUGGCUCUCCUGCGACACCAGCUGCGCAAGGAAAUGGCAAGAAGCGAGGCAGGCCUUCAAAGGCAGAGCUUGAGCGACGCAAGGCAGCAGUGGCGGAGGGGACGGCCGAGCGACAAGGCGUCCCCGUUCCCGCAGAAGGCUCAGGCACGGCAGAGGCGGCACAGAUGCGCCAGAAGAAGAGGGGCAGGCCGUCCAAGGCGGACGUGCAAAGCCGUCUGGUCGAGCAGCGCGACGUGUCACUGAGCAGCGAAGGGCCAAGUGAACAGACUGAGAAGCACGACGAGAGACCGGGCCAAUCAUCUCGGCCGGGUCGCAAGAGCGCCGCAAAGGCACGUCAGACAAUUUCUACCUUCGCGAGAACAUCACAACUCGCCGAUGACGAUCCGAAACGCAUCGCGAGUACGUCAUCAGACGGCAGCGAGGGCGACGUAGAAGACGAGCUUGGCGCCGGACUGGACGCUGAUCCCAGCGAUGAAGAUGACGAAGAGGAGGAUGAAGAGGAAGAGGGCUCUCGGACUCUUCAGAAACGAGGUCGUAAAAAGGCAAAGGGACAGGAGAAGAAGCAGAAACAGCAGCAGCAGAAGUCGAAGUCGAAGGCUAGCAAGAGACCUCUGAAGGGAGCGCGUGCGGUGACGUGGAUACAUCCAAUGCCCGUGGACAUCUUGGUGAAGAAAAUCAAGUGGCCCGAACCAGGUCUGGCGACAUUGGUUUUCAACAAAGGCAGCAGCAUCGCUCAGCGCAAGGCACAGCUUUCGUCUCUCGCCGUCGAGGCCAAGUAUCUGCCGACGCCAGCCUCACUCGUGGACCGCGAUGAUUACCCAGGAAGACAAUGGAGCACGUCGACCGUCGAUGAAGCUGCGCCCUACGCAAUUGCGGCCCCUGCAUUUAAAGUGCUAAGCGAUAGGUGAGUGUGCUGCUCCUGGCUCUGCUCUGUCCCAAGCCCACUCCCUGACGAUGCACCGGCAAGCAGCGAUCGCGAGAGGUUCAAAGGCGCACAAGGCAGGCCCGCUUCGAUACAUCCGCUUGAUUCGGGCUACAAGGAGCUCU